UGAGGUUACACAACCACCGGUUACGGGUCCGGAAAGAAGUUAUGGAACAGUUAUAUGGGGUUAACUAGCCAAAUACAUCCCUGUCUGUCCCGGUUAAUAGGUUCCUACCCUUUUCUGUACCGGUGCCCGCACGAUCGCGGUGCCGGUAAAUUUACGAGUUCUGUGCCGGCACCUGCGCUCGAUCUUGAGUUCUGCCACGCCGAGACCUUGUCCUUCACUACUGGUUGGUCGGGACGACUCCACACCCAAGAAGGUGCGAUGAGUUACCGUGCUGCUGAUACCGGUACCUGGAUCAGCAGUCAAUUCCUUCGAAGGGCAGCGCUCAUCAGGAGAGCCGGCGAUCGUCACUUAUCCCUUACGGGUGCUCUGUCUACUCGAGUAGUGCCGCGCCUGCGAGAUCCGGUCGAGGAAAUAACGAGAUCUGGGAAGCAUCCCUCCAUAGCAAGAAGUGAAUUGCUAAGGUUCCGGACCAGUGUGGUGCCCAUCCCACAAACCCCUUGUGCGCCCUCACAGACGAAGGGAUAAGUUCGGCAUCGAGGGCUCUUUAUGCUAAUAGCGUCCCUUACCCUAUCGCGGACCCGGCAAACCACCCUCAAGCCCAUCGGUAUGGGCCCACGGGCCAGUGGAGGAAUGGAAAAUGUUUGUUCCACCCCUGUCUGAUAGUUACCGAAUAUAUUAUGAUUUACCUGUCAGUGUCCGGACACAGGUUACGGUGAUACGGUAAGCGGCUUUGAUUAAUUUCUGCAGAUUCGCGGAUGUACCAGUACCGGUGCUCGUACUCGUACUCGUACGAGCCUCAGACCACAAUUACGGGAGCUAACAUUGGCCAUAUGAUCAUACCGUAUGGUACGUAUGAUCAUACCGUAUGGUACGUAUGCUCAUACAGGCACGGUAAUCAUGAAAGGAUACUGAGGUGGUACUGUGCCUUAGUCAUCUCUGUCUUGGACACUGGGAUGGGCGGCACCAACAUUUUUCACUCCUUCACCGGCCCAGCAGAUACCUGCUGCACUGUGCCCUAGAAUCAACCCAUGAUACACCAGACUCCAAUAUAAGCAAACCUCAACCUAUCAUACCCCCCCGAUCCAGAUCCCUCUCCAAAAGCUCAACCGCUCACUCCCCACACGGCCCAGCCCCAAUCCCGCAAAGUAUCUCGCCUCACAACCCCGUACGCAUUGCAGAUCUCCCCGAAAACACCCCUGAUCUACAGCGCACCUCAAGGAGCCAAAGGUUCAAAAGUAAAAUAAACCUCCUCCAAACCCCCUUCUCCUCCCACCAUGCCAUCCCUAAAAUUCUUACGCGGAUCCAGGCACAUAAAACCCACUCACCCUCUUCCGUCCCAUCUCCACCACCCUCCUCUUCAUUCCCGUCACCGGUGUCUCUUCAUAACCGCGCUAACUUCAGGGCUAUCGACACCAGGCAGCAGCCCCCACUCCCACCCUCAACCUCGCUUUCGCAAGCACAGCCGUAGCAGCAACGCAGCAACCAACUUCCCGUGAGCACGCGAGGUAGACCGGUUUCCGGCUCCCUUACAAUCGUAUUCGCCUCCAACGUCGUUGUUGCUACUUCUGUCGCCAGGAGGGACCUUUGAAUUGAAGAAUUUGCACUGAGGGAGAGGUUGUUCUACUAUUACCGCAGCUAUUACGACGACGACGAUGACGACGGCAGAUGCUAUAAGAGAGAAGGCAACAGCAACAGGAACGAGUAGAGGCAUCAUGGAAAACGGCACGAGUUCCGGUAGUAGCGCCACCGCUACUACAACCGUGGUUAACUCCACCUCCCCAUCUUUGCGAAAGAUAGACGCGAAGCAAAAUUCGCAAGCCCCCGCCGCUGUGCUCGCCCCAUCAGGGGGGUCCGGAGAAGAUCUAUACACAAUAUGCACCCACCUCUCACAGAAGGUACACCGCUUUUUAGAAGCCGACUUCUCCAGCGAACUUUUGAAAGGCGUGCAGCGCCAGACAGGUAUCUCACUGGGCGUGGUCGAGGAGGCUUUACGGCGGUAUAAGUACCUCUCCCCUCACCCGCACUCCCUCACCCACUGCUAAGGCUUUAAACAGAUUAGGAAACGUCUCCAUAUCCUUUAAUGGUGGCAAAGACUGUCUCGUCCUCCUAAUACUCUUCCUCGCCUCCCUCCCCCCGCACCUGCCUUCCCCCGCUUCGGGGGGGAACGAAGGGAAGAUAAAUUCGGUUUAUGUAACAACAGCCCACCCCUUUCCACAAGUCGACGCCUUCGUGCAAUCCUGCAUCACAACCUACCACCUCUCUCUAACUCGCUACUCCCAACCCAUGAAGUCCUCCUUCGAACGCUACCUCCAGGAAAAUCCAAACGUUCAGGCGAUAUUUGUGGGCACAAGGAGGACGGAUCCGCAUGGCGAGUUUUUGUCACAUUUUGACGUUACGGAUCACGGAUGGCCAAAUUUCAUGAGGGUGCACCCGGUGGUGGAUUGGGGGUAUAGAGAGGUUUGGGGGGUAUGUAUUCUUCUUUCCUUCGGAGUAGCGCGCGGAAGGCAGUGGCACUAACUGCGAGUGCGUGUGACUGGCGAACAGUUUCUUCGGGAAUUGCAGGUGCCGUACUGCGUGCUUUAUGAUAUGGGGUAUACAUCGCUCGGCGGGACUAAGGACACGCAUCCCAAUCCAGCGCUCUUGGAGGACGGAACAGAGGUGCAGGAGGGUGAAGGUGGGGAGAGGAAACGGAGGUUUAGACCUGCGUAUGAACUUGUGGAGGAUGGGCAGGAGAGGUUGGGUAGAGACCGAUAGAGGGAGCCUUUUCAUUGCUUGCUUGCUUCCGAUAGACGCUAGACAAGUUGCGGGGGGGUGAAGGAUCCGACCUUGGGUGAUAAGCCUGGUUUUUUGGUUUUUUGGUUUUUUUUUUCCCUUACGAGUUUUAAAGAUUUCCGAAGGUUUCGAGUCUGAUGGUAGAGGUAAACCUAUUAGUCCCUAGAAGGAGGUAUGAUAUGUAAUUUCACGGGCUGCUAUGAUAUGAUAAACGGGGCGGUUUCCUUUUUUUUCUUCCAUUCUUUUUCACUUUUUUUUUUUCUCCCAUACAUUUCUCAUGCAUGCACCUUGCGCUGUACUGUAUGAUGCUGCCGUCCAACCCCCUACAGCUAGAUUUAGAACUUUCUCACUACAAAGGUGGAAGCCCCAAA